ACUCACUUUCCUGUCGUCUUUCUCAAAAGGAACCAAGGUCUAAGGGCUCGCCCGUCGCCACUGCGUCGUUGUCGUUUGCUAUUGCAUUGCUCCCCCCUCUCUCUCUCCGGUCUGCUCAAACCUCAAAGCCGGUCCCUUCACCCCGAAGAGAAACAGCAGGAAACCUCCUUCUUCCGUCCCCCGGUCCCGAUACAGACCACCAACUACCACCUCGAUCCAUAUCGCCUCUGCUCAUCUUACCUUGGGUACUGGAACGUCACCCGCGCACCCCAAAUCUACUCUCUCUCUCCCACCUCAAUAUCCAUCUUCUGAAUCCUGCGGGGAAAGCUAUUUGCCGACGUUUUACUUUCCAGUCUCUCGCUUCCAAGCCUUCUGAUCUUCAACAAAACGUCCCCGAUAGUCUUAUUAUUUACUCAGCCUCGAACCAGAGGAUCAAACGCUCGGCGGCCGUCGCUCUCCAACUUGAUCUACGCUACGUCAGCUCCUACGAAACUAUUCGACCACGCUAGUUUCUGUCUUUCUGCCUGUGCCCAGUGCCGCAGCCGUCACACCUCGACUUACCUCGUCAAGUAGUUUGGCUUGGCUUCGGCCCUUUUUUGCGACUUUUUGGCAUCCUACGUCUGGGGUACAACUCUCUCCAGCUUCAACCGCAUCGUUCCGGUCUACCCAACUUACCUCCGUUGCCAUGGCCGAUCAGAAUCCCUCACAACCUCAGACCAUGGAGCCUCCUCACCAGGCACCGCCGAGCGUCCCCUCUCCUCUGUCCACGCCUGGUUCCGUCCCCAUGAUGAACUCGCCAGUUCCUCUCCUUCGCCCUGCCAUUCCCGGCGGCCGAGGCGGAGGUGCCCGAACACCUAGACUCGGUCUCGCCAUCCCUCCAUCACCAAAUGCGAAACCCGUCGGCGGACAAGCACCUCAAGCCGUAAACUCACGACCACCUCUCCCGACCCUCCACCUGGCCACGCCGAUGGGCAGUCAGUCAACACCUUACGAGCAACCACCUCGCGUGGGAGGCGUAGGACAAUCUGCCAGCGGCGGUAGCGAGAGCAGUGCGGCACACUCGAGAUCUGGAAGCUUCGGCCCUCUGGAUGGUCGAGCUAGCAACCCUACGUCAGCUGGCUCUCAGUACUCGGCACUGUCCUUUGCCUCACAAUAUGGCUUUGCGAGGCCUCAAGGCACUCCCGACCCGUCGUCCGCGGUGGGAUCAAUUUACUCUGAGCGGAGCGAAGGCGGUGUCGGUAUGGAACGGGACGGCAGUUUGCAGGGUCUAGAAGCUUUUGACAAGCUGUCAUUAGAGCGGGGCAGGACGCUGGAUGUGGAGGAGCUUGACUCCGAGUCGUGGAGGGUCGCGAGUAUGGAAAAUCGGAUCGAGGAGCUCGGCAGUCUCGGCGAGGGUGCCGGCGGAGCCGUCACAAAAGCCAAAUUGAAGGGUGGAAAGACCACAUUCGCCCUCAAGGUAAUUACCACGAAUCCCGAUCCCGACGUUAAGAAGCAGAUUGUGCGCGAGUUGGGUUUCAACAAAGAGUGCGCGUCGGAGCAUAUCUGCCGUUACUAUGGCGCCUUUGAGGACUCGACUACGGGCACGAUCUCAAUCGCCAUGGAGUUUUGCGAAGGCGGUUCCCUGGACAGUAUUUACAAGGAGGUUAAGAAACUCGGUGGACGGACAGGCGAGAAGGUUCUCGGCAAGAUUUCCGAGGGCGUUCUGCGGGGACUGACGUACUUGCACGGCAUGCGUAUUAUUCACCGAGACAUCAAGCCAUCCAACAUUUUGCUCUGCAGGAAUGGCGAUGUCAAGCUAUGCGACUUUGGUGUCUCAGGAGACUUUGGUACUAAGGGUGAAGCCAAUACCUUCAUCGGCACCAGCUACUACAUGGCUCCCGAGCGCAUCACCGGCCAAUCCUACACCAUUACCUCUGACGUAUGGUCGACUGGCGUAACUCUGCUGGAAGUGGCCCAACAUCGAUUCCCCUUCCCGGCCGACGGCACAGAGAUGCAGCCACGAGCUGGGCUGAUCGACCUUCUCACCUACAUUGUGCGGCAGCCGAUACCAAAGCUCAAGGAUGAGCCGGAUGCCAACAUUUUCUGGAGUGACAACUUCAAGUAUUUCAUCGAGUGCUGCCUGGAGAAGGAACCCACAAGGCGAGCGAGCCCAUGGCGGAUGCUCGAGCACCCGUGGAUGGUGGAAAUGCGCGCGAAGCGUGUCAACAUGGCCAAAUACCUGGCUCAGGUUUGGGGCUGGGAUACCAAGCAAUGAUUGGCUGAUAGCCACAAUGUCGUGACGACAGUAACAUUGUUCCAUACGGCGCAAUCACGGCGACACGUCAACCACAAAGCAGCAAAAAGUACAUUGUUGCUCCUUGGCAGGAGGAUCAUGGCAACCUGGGCCAGCUCCCGAGGAAAGCAUCAAACACACCACAAGCGAAACAUGAACAAAGAACCGAGUUCAAAGGGAGACAACUCUUUAGCGAUGAAGCAAGCGGAAGAAGGAGGCCAUUUUUCAUGAUUUAAUAAGCGAAGGGCAUUACGGGCACAGGAUUGCCAAUGUUACGCCUUCAGGGGGUCAGACUUACUUUCUGGAUAUAUGUAGCGGAGGCAGACAUGUACUUGGACAAGCGGCGGCGGCGGAUCGGGUAUUCAGCGGAGACUGUAGGCAUUAUUGUGUAUCCAAGCGAUUGCCUGUCCGGUUUGGGGCAAUACAAACAAAGAAAAAUUAUGCCAAUGCUGAUUGGGGUUUACCCUUUUUCUUUAUGGCCGAGGAAUCAGACUGAGGUGGUUUGGUAGGAGAAGGAUUUGCCUUGCAGGUGGCAUUGUACAUAUAUAUGCUUGAUUCAACGAAUCUCUCCGAGGGGGUAUCUAGUCUACAACCAUUUACAUGCCAAGUAGAUCACCUUUUUGAGCCGUG